AGGGAAGGCAAAUGCGGAAGGUCUGGAAGAGGACAAAUUUAGAGAGCUUCGAUCAUCGCAACAGCGUUAAAUACAACUUAUAAGGGACAAAUAUUCUCUCUUCUAUCUUCUUCGGGGGUGUCCUUCUGCUAAGUCGCAGAACAUAUGGAAAUCUGACGGGAGACUUGAGAAAUGAGUUCAUCUCCGUACAACUGGCAGUCAGAGAAAACUUCUGUGCAAGACGCGAUUUCCUUCCUCUUUAACAACGAGGUCUUGAGCGAUGUACACUUUAUGGUAGGAAAAGGCACUCAAAGGCGUCGAAUUCCCGCUCAUAAGUUUGUACUCGCUGUAAGAAGUGCUGUCUUUGAUGCUAUGUUUAAUGGUGGAAUAUCAACGCAGUCAGACGAAAUAGAGGUGCCCGACGUUGAAUAUUUAGCUUUCCAAUCAUUACUUCGCUUUUUGUACACUGACGAGGUGCAAAUUGGACCUGAAACGGUGAUGACGACGCUUUAUACCGCUAAGAAGUACGCUGUACCAACCCUGGAAAACGCUUGUGUGGAUUUCUUGAAGAAGAACUUGAGCGCGGACAACGCGUUUAUGUUACUGAGCCAAGCCAGGCUCUUUGAUGAACCCCAGUUAGCGACCCUGUGUCUUGAAUGCAUCGACAAGCACACUGCUGAGGCGCUUGCAGCUGAGGGAUUUACCGACAUCGAUUUUGACACAUUUUGCGUGGUAAUGCAAAGGGAUACUUUGUCAAUCCGCGAAAACCUACUGUUCGCUGCUGCGUUGCGAUGGGCCGAACACGAGUGUCAAAGGAGGAGAUUACCCAGCACUGCAGAAAAUAAAAGAAAUGUUCUUGCAAGAGCCUUGUACAUGAUUCGUUUCCCCCUUAUGAGCCUUGAAGAAUUUGCGGCUAGUGCUGCCCAGUCUGGAAUCUUAACAGACAAGGAAGUUGUCAGCUUAUUCCUUCAUUUCACAGUGAACCCUAAACCUCAGGUUCAGUUUCUUGACAGGCCACGUUGCUGUUUGACUGGCAAGGAGAAGGCAGUAUGUCGUUUUCAAAAAGUUGAGAGUCGCUGGGGCUACAGUGGCACAAGUGACCGGAUACGUUUUAACUGUAACAAGAGAAUCUUUGUGGUGGGCUUUGGCUUGUAUGGGUCUAUGUAUGGUCCAAGCGACUACCAAGUUACUAUUCAGGUCAUUCAAACUGAGACAGACAAGAUCUGUGGUCAUAAUGAAACUGCAUUCAGCAGUGAUGGCAGUGACAAUACUUUUCGUGUUAUGUUUAAAGAGCCAAUCGAGAUUCUCCCUGGGGUAGGUUACACUGCUAGUGCAACUCUCAAGGGACCUGAUUCACACUAUGGUACUUCAGGAGGAAAGAAAGUUGUCUUUGAAACAGAGCAGAAGGAGAAGUUAACUUUCCAGUUCUCAAAUGCCACAGGAAAUAAUAAUGGAACCUCUGUGGAGGAUGGGCAGCUUCCUGAAUUAAUAUUUUACACAUGAUAGAAGAACAAGAAACUGUAUAGGCAUCAUUGUAUGCGCAUUGCAGGUUACCUGUACCUGUAUGUUAUUUUUGUAAGUAGCUGUGAUUCUACAGACAUUGUUAGUAAUGAUUUUGCAACAAGAUAGCAGAGCCAUGUGCAUAUUCCUGACAGUGAACUAGGAUUUUGGAGACCCCUAUACCUGUAGUUUUCUCUUUUUUUACCCUAUCACAGCUUUUUGUUGAUUCCUGUCUUUAUUUGAAUGUUCUGUGGCUCAUAGACUCACUAUAAAAGAUGCUGGAGAAACAGAAAAAAGUAUUGAAAACUUUGGCUCUUGAACUGACACUUGUGACUUCUACUUGUGGUCAUCCUGGUUCAUGUAAUGUGUUGAGCAAAUAUAAAUAUUGUAAUGCUUUAAUAAUUACGCCAGAUAAAGAUAGAUUUACAUUAGAUAACAGAAGGAAGUAAUGUAUUAAAGAUUCUGUAAGGUUGACUGACUUAUCCCAAUAGGCGGGACAUCUAAUAAGAAAUAUACUGACAGUCAAACAAAGUAACAGAUUGGUAGCUAUAAAUGUGGUGAGGAUCUAGGUAUGGAUAACAUAGAAAUAUGUGUAUGCCAGGGGGUUGGGAGGAGGGGGUGAGUUAGGCGGGAUGUAACGGACUUCAUAUGAUGGCAUUUGAGUGAUGAGUGUUGCAUCCUGCAUUGGAUGGGACAUACAAAUGGAAACAUGAAAUGUCUAGAUAGAGAAUUGAAAACAGCUUUGUUUGUUUUGUUUUGAUCAUCCUUAUGAGCUUAUCAAUCUGCACAUGUUUUUUGCCAUGUUGCUUCCUGAACCUUAAAAGAUAAUGAGUGGCAAAGAAACUUUACUGUUGAAAAUUAGCAGCAAGUAGUUGUAUUAAAAAGCAUAUAGGCAGAUUUUCAGUUGUGAGAUAUUGACUUGUCUACUUGGAAAAGUAUGUAGAUGUUCAAUCGGGGGUUAAAAUAACAAAAAAGUACUGCAUUUCUUUGGUAAGUGUUAGAGGGAAUCUGCUACUUCAUGUACAAAGCAGAUGCUUUUGUAGCUACAUAUAUUGUUAUUAAAACAAAUUGUUGUUUCAAAGGAAAUUGACAUGAUGUCAUUAAUUCUGUUUCUUACAUUUAUAUUAAGUCGUCCUUCCCUUUACAAAUUAGCUUCUUGUGCUUGUGCUCUUUGGACUUUUGCAGUCAGUUGAAAAUUGUGUGACAACCAAGCCUAAAGAGCAUCUGUGCAGGAGGGUGGGUCAUUAAUAAGGGACGAUAUUUUAUUGCAAGUUUCUUUGGUAGUUUGGACAUGUAAAUACUAUUAGGUAAUACAACUGUAGAGGAAAUAGAAAUAAACACUUUUUUUGUUGUUUGGUCAUA